GGACGCUUCACAUUGAAUCACCUGCUUGCCCAAUGAGCGACAGAGCGUCUCCCCGCCUCGGAACAGGAGCCCUAAUCGUCCUUCGGUAGGUCGAGUAGAAGUUUCAUCGCGGCUAUGGAAGUCAUCUGGGGAUGACAUGGAACAUCGGUCGGGUUUUAUCCGGCCCAAGCUUCCAGUAUGGAUGUCCAUCGCGGUGAUAAGCUCGACCGUACACAAAUAGUCCAUGCUGGUAUACCCUGGUGCCAGAGUGACUGCCGUGCUAUUAAUCGUGGCUUGUGCUGUGUCAAAACAGAACUGCCAUGCUGAGAAUACGCCGUAUAGGUCUUUCCACCAAACUCCUGUUUGACUCUGUUUCGAAUUAAACCAUAACCAAGUACGAUCGGUACGAUCGCUCAAAACGAAUACGGGGCGCCAAACCACUGUCCUCUCAUUGAAGGAUAUUUUGUUCCCUUUAUCCGUCGUGCCUGGAGAAUAUUACCGGGGAGGGGGUCUUGUCGCCGAUCUGAAACGCCCCAUGCCCAAAUCGAUGUGCAGAAUGCAAAUGGGAGUUCUACCGUGUCCCAGAACGCCUCUUCCGACCAGAGGCUACAAUUUUCGCAGCGAUGUGUCCACUAACCAAGCCAUACAUCAGCCAUGGUGCCGAGUGCCGAUCUUCGGGGAAGCAGCCACCUCCACACUGUCUCAUGACUCUGGAGAAGCACAAACGGAAUUCGUUGGUAGUACCUUAAUUGCAACAAAGUGACAGAAAUUUGCGCGUCGGUAUAUCAGCCCUUGAGCUGAUUGGUAUGGCUUUCCCACUCAAGACUCGGCUACUUUCGUUGCCUUCGACGAAACUAAAUCGGAGAAUCCUCCGUACUGAUGGGAUAUUGAAACCACUAGCUGCUAGCUACCCGCUCAAGACUCCAUUUCAGGAACCUGUCAAGUCCAUUCUGUCGAAUUUUCCAUGACGAUCUUUCCCUGUUGACCGUGGAGCCGGGUCCACUUUCAAAUCAAUGCACGACGCCGGUGGCUCACCUAAUCUGGUAUUCCCCGUGGUUUUGAUGAAGGGUCUAUUCUUCUCUAUGUAUCAUUGUCCAUACCAAUUUGGUGACGGCGUCACGGUCCGCAACACCCGGCAUGGAGUCGUGGGAGAACUUGUUUCGAGCUUUGCAUAACAGAACAAGUGGAUGCCUUAUGGAGCAAGAAGUGCUAUAUAAAGACCCUGACGCCGCGUCUUCGGUCUUGGUGUUAUUCACCAACUGCAGGCCAGUGUGAAGACGAGCAGAAAAACAGACAGAUCAACCGACAAAGUAUUCAUUCCUUCGAUUCCCCCCCAGAUGCAUCAACGCGCCCUCCUUUUCUCUGCCUUGAUGGCAAGUGUUGGAGCCCAGCAGGUCGGCACGCAGAAAACAGAAACCCACCCGUCUCUUACCUGGCAAGAGUGUACCUCGUCUGGUUGCACGGACAAAGAUGGCUCCGUCGUCAUUGAUGCCAACUGGCGUUGGGUUCACUCCACUGAUGGCACCACCAACUGCUACACUGGCAACACGUGGGAUGCUACUCUUUGUCCCGACGAUGCCACCUGCGCUACUAACUGUGCCGUCGAUGGUGCGGACUAUGCCGGCACCUAUGGUGCUACUACCUCCGGUGAUGCCCUGACUUUGCAGUUUGUCACCGGCUCAAACAUCGGUUCCCGUCUGUAUCUCAUGGAGGACGAGAACACCUACCAGACCUUCAAGCUGCUGAACCAGGAGUUCACCUUUGAUGUCGAUGUUUCCAAGCUGCCCUGUGGCUUGAACGGUGCUCUGUACUUCGUUUCCAUGGACGCCGAUGGCGGAUUGUCCAAGUACGAGAACAACAAAGCUGGCGCCAAGUACGGUACUGGCUACUGUGACUCCCAGUGCCCUCGUGACCUGAAGUUCAUCAACGGUCAGGGCAAUGUCGAAGGGUGGGUGCCGUCCGAGAACGAUGCGAACACUGGUGUUGGUAACCACGGCUCUUGCUGUGCUGAGAUGGAUAUCUGGGAGGCCAACAGCAUCUCCACCGCUGUGACCCCCCACCCUUGUGAUACCGCCAGCCAGACUAUGUGCGAGACCGACGCCUGCGGUGGCACAUACUCCUCCAGCCGUUACGCCGGCACCUGCGAUCCCGAUGGCUGCGACUUCAACCCUUACCGCAUGGGUAACGAGACCUUCUUUGGCCCCGGCAAGACCGUCGACACCAACUCCAAGAUGACCGUCGUCACUCAGUUCAUCACCAGCGACAACACCGCCACUGGCACCCUCUCAGAAAUCAAGCGCAUUUACGUGCAGAACGGUAAGGUGAUCGCCAACUCGGCCUCGGACGUCAGCGGUGUCACCGGUAGCUCUAUCACCUCGGACUUCUGCACUGCCCAGAAGACUGCUUUCGGUGAUCAGGAUGUCUUCUCGAAGCACGGCGGUCUCUCUGGUAUGGGCGAUGCUCUGGCCGAUGGCAUGGUCCUGGUGAUGAGCUUGUGGGAUGACCACAACUCCAACAUGCUCUGGCUUGACAGCAACUACCCCACCAAUGCCACCGCCACCGACCCCGGUGUUGCCCGCGGUACUUGCAGCACUGACUCCGGCGUGCCUUCUGAUAUCGAGUCUGCCUCUGGCUCUGCCACUGUCGUCUUCUCCAACAUCAAGGUCGGCCCCAUUGGCUCUACAUACUCUGCGUAGAUCCUGAGCAGGUAGGAUCGAGGGCUUUUUGUGUUCUGUCUUUCUGCACGGUUACUCGAAGGAUUUUGGAACCCCGACAAAGAUAACUGAAAGCAUAGGGUCCGAGGGGAGGGGAGUGAUGUCUCAAGCUGUUGAACAGCAAUCUUGUGGCUGUCUUUGUACAUUUCCUCUCAUUCGUUUUUUAGAGAGAGCUAUGCUCCUAUUUCUAUUCGUGAACUUUACUAUGUGCAAAUACAAUGCAUUAUUGAGAUCCAGCA